AUGAGCAAUUAAGAAGAACACAUACUCUGUUUUAAUAUCAAAACAACUAAAUAAUAAGCAAUUAGCAUAUCUGUUUUAUACACAAUUGUUGUAAGUUUAUUUUUUGGAUCUUUGUUAAUUUUCCUAUGGAAUCAAAGGACCAAUAUCAUUUUAAGAGAACGUAGCUGCUACAUUCUUAUGAUCUAAGCUAUCACAACUUAUGGCUUUGUUAUUUUAUAUCCGAUAGCUGUACUAUUAUCAUCAAAUUAUUUAUAUGAUGACAUCAGCUAUUAUACAAUUAUUUUGUAUUAUUUAAAAUUUUAUAAGCUUUAUAGCUUAAUUUAAGUACAUUCCAAUUUUAUGCUAUUUGUUCAGGGCUUGCAGAUUUUUUUAUGCAUUCCAAAAGCCAUGGAAAUUCUUUAAACUCAAGAAAAGUAGCUUAAUAUUUACUAUGAUCAUUUGUUGUAUUUCUAUUGGACUUCUUGAAACUUUUACUGAAUUCGACCUAAAUAUUUUUCUAUAGUAAGACAAUUCUUCAUAAAAAAUUCAAAAAAUAAUGCCAAGAAUCACUUUUAUUUAUAUGUCACAACUUAUUUUGAUUCUUGCAAUAUUUUUUAUGAGAAAAGUUAAUGUAUAAAAAAUUAAUAAUUUUAGAAAUUUUAGUAAUUUGAUUAUUGGAUAGCAUUUGCAAUUGAAAUUCUUUAAUUUUUAGUUAAAGCAUUUUUGAAAAAUUAGUUAUAAUUUAUUGAAUGUAGUUCCUCUCAUAAAAUUCCAUUAUUUUAUUACAUUGAUUGUUUCAAAUUAUCCUUUAUGUUAAUUUGUUCAACAAUUUUACCAUUAUAUUUUUAACAUAAGUCUAUAACAGAGUUACCAUUCGAAAUGGAAUGUUCUACAUUUGGAUUAUUUAUAACUUAACCUUAAUUUAUUAAAUUAUUUUAUGAUUACUUAUGUUAUUUUGAUAAAACUAAAUCAGAAAAAAUUUUAUAUGAUGAUACACGAUAAGUUUAAACAAAUCUAAGAGUCAACAAUAAUUAUACUACUUUAUUUGAAAAUGAGUAAUAAUUUAACUUAAAUAAAUCCUAAUUAUCUAAAUGCUUUAUUUCCUAUAUUAAUUUUUCUCUAUGGCUAGAAUAAGAAUAAAAAGAGAAUAAUCUUCAAAAUGAAAAUGAAUAAUUAAUUCUUUCAGAAUUUUAAUUUUUCUAAGAACUCAUCUCAGAAUAAGCUAUUUCAAAGUUGUCAACUGCAAAAUAUAAUAUAUAACUAAAUAAUUAAAAUAUAAAUGAUUCAGGAAAAUUGGAUUAAUCUCAAGAAUAAAUCAAUAUAAAUAAAAUUGAAAAAAUUUGGUUAUAUAGAGAAAUUCUUUAUGAAAUCUUAAAAGAAGUGUUUGAGUAACACUUUAAAUUUACCAAAUCAUACUAAUCAUUAUAUAAUCAUUGUGAAAGAAAUAGAAAAAUAUGGCUUAGAUUAGGAGAAAUUGGAUUGACUGGAUAAUGUAAAUGA